AUGCCCGAGGGCUUGGGGGCGCCCGCCUUGCCCAGGGCAGCUGCGAGCGCCUCGGACGCGGGCUCGUCGGGGCCUGUGGCCUGCCCGCGGCCCCAGCUCGCGGCUCCAGGGUCCCUGCAAUCCGCGGAGGCCCCGCGGCCCCCAGGGUCUCGGGCUCCUCGCCCGGGCGCCGUCCGAGCCCCCUUCCCGCAGAAGCUGGCCGAGGCGCUCAGCAGCCAGUACGGGCUGAACGUGUUCGUGGCGGGGCUGCUGCUGCUGCUGGCCUGGGCCGUGCACGCGUCGGGCGUGGGCAAGAGCGACCUGCUGAGCCUCCUGAGCGCGCUCAUGCUGCUGCAGCUGGUCUGGAUGCUGUGGUACGUGCGCCGCAGCCGCGCGCACCGCCGCCUCAUCCGCCUCCAGGACACGCACGCCGGCGCGAGCUGGCUGCGCGGUAGCAUCACAUUGUUCGCUGUCAUCACCAUCAUCCUGGGAGGCCUUAAGGUUGGAUACUUUGUUGGAUUUUCAAAAUGUUUAUCAGCCGCUGAAGGAGUCUUCCCUGUCACACACACAGUGCACACUCUGCUGCAGGUAUUUUUCCUUUGGGGGCAUGCAAAGGAUAUUAUCCAGUCUUUCAAAACACUAGAAAGGUUUGGGGUGAUCCACUCAGUGUUCACCAACCUGCUUCUGUGGGCCAAUGGUGUCCUUAAUGAGUCGAAGCAUCAGCUCAAUGAGCACAAGGAACGACUCAUCACUCUGGGGUUUGGGAACAUAACGACAGCCUUAGACGACCACACCCCGCAGUGCAACUGCAGCCCCCUGCCUCUCUGCUCGGCCAUCUCCCACGGGAUCUACUACCUGAGCCCCUUCAACAUCGAGUAUCAGAUCCUGGCUUCCACGAUGCUCUAUGUCUUGUGGAAAAACAUAGGGCGCAAGGUUGACAACCAUCAGCACCAGAAAAUGCAGCUCACGUCCAGCGGGGUCGUGGUGGGCGCGGCCCUGGGCCUGACUGCGCUGGCCGCCACCAUCGGGGUGGUCGUGGUGUACCUGAUUCGGAUCGGGCGCUCCAAAACCAAGAGCGAGUCAGCACUCAUCAUGUUCUACCUGUAUGCCAUCGUCUUGCUGAUGCUCAUGGGGGCUGCAGGGCUGGUUGGAAUCCGGAUUUACAGGAUGGAUGAGAAAUCACUAGAUGAGUCCAAAAACCCGGCCCGCAAACUGGACUCCGACCUCUUGGUGGGCACUGCCUCGGGCUCCUGGCUCAUCUCCUGGGGCUCGAUCUUGGCCAUCCUCUGUGCCGAGGAUCGCCCGCCCUACACCUGGUACAGCCUGCCCUACUCCGUCCUGGUGAUUGUGGAGAAAUACGUCCAGAACCUCUUCAUCAUCGAGUCUGCCCACCGAGGGCCUGAGACGCUCUCCGAGGACAUCCGGACUCUUCGGGUGGUCACAGUCUGCAAUGGCAGCGCGUCUGGCCUGGCUUCUUCCUGCCUCGAGGCUGGAGGUGUGGCCCGAGACCAGCCUCCCCGGGGUGGACACUCGCCACGCGCAGCCAGUGGGGACGCGUGUCUGGGAGGGGGCUCUGGGGAGGAAGAAGAGGAGAGUGGCUCGGGAGGGCCCCCGAGCCCAGCCUGCUGUCUCCGCUCCUUACAGGGCACCGCCAAACGGAGAGUCUUGAGGAAUGUUGCAGCCUUUUUGUUCCUCUGCAAUAUUUCGCUUUGGAUACCUCCCGCCUUUGGCUGUCGCCCUGAGUAUGACAACGGAUUGGAGGAAAUUGUCUUUGGCUUUGAACCUUGGAUAAUUGUGGUCAACCUGGCCAUGCCUUUUUCUAUUUUCUACCGAAUGCAUGCAGCUGCCUCCCUCUUUGAGGUCUAUUGUAAGAUAUAA